AUGUAUCUACGAUUCUCAAUUAGAAGGCAAAGAAACUUGAUGUCACUUUUAAUUUGUCUGAAAUGUACUAAAGUAUCCCAGAGACUUCUAUCUUAUUCACUAAGUUAUAGAAGUAGUGCGAAUGGAAGAGAGCAAUGUUUAGAUUCUUCUGAUAGAGUGGACGAACUUGUGGAGCCCGAGACAUCUUAUACCAUAAGUUCGAGAGAAGAAAGUCAACAGGAGGUAAAUGCGACAGAGCACUUAGGAGGGUUAAAGUACAGUUCUAGAAAUGAGGAUAACUUGAAUUAUAGCAUUAAAAGAUUUUCUCUUAGCGACUAUUUUAUGGGAAAUCAGCACCAUACACUAAAUGUUUUACGAGGCUUCAAUAAGCAAAAGAAUAAGGAUCAGAGAACCUUUGUUGACCUUAAGCUAAUAAGAGUGAAAUCUGGAAAUGGAGGAAAUGGUGCAGUUUCAUUUUUCAGAGAUGCAUUUAGGCCCGUUGGCCCACCUGAUGGAGGCGAUGGUGGUAAUGGUGGUGAUAUAUAUUUACAGGCAAUAGAGAAUAUAACGUCAUUGCACAAAAUAAAACGUUCUUAUCAAGCACGAGAUGGAAAAUCAGGGGUUGGUCUGCAAUUGGAUGGGAAAAAAGGCGAAGAUGUCAUUAUUGAAAUACCAGUAGGGACUACGGUACGAUGGAUACCGGAUCCUUUAGAAUUGAAGUCCUUUUUAAAUAGCUCCUCUGGUAACCCUAGUAACAUUGAUUUGGAUAUAAAAACAAGAGAUGAUGAUGUUCAGAUGUUUCGGCAGAGCUACAGUGCUGGAGAAGGAUGGAUUUUUAAAGAAAGAGAUGAAGAAUAUCACAGAGAAAAGCAGUUCUUUAUUGAUUUGAAUGAGCAGGUAAAAGAAUAUGACCAAGAAAUAAUAGAUGAAGAACUUUUUUGGGAUCGUUUUCCUCUCUUGGGCGUAGACUUCGAGGAAUCAACAAAAGAACCCUUUAUGCUUUUGAAAGGUGGAAAAGGAGGAAUGGGGAAUAUGCAUUUUUUAACUAAGGAUAUCCGAAAUCCAAGGUUUAGUAAGAAAGGUAGAGAUGGUCUAACAGAGUUUUUUUUACUAGAGUUGAAACUUAUUGCUGAUUUAGGACUUGUUGGGUUACCAAAUGCCGGAAAGUCCACACUACUUCAAGCAAUUUCAAGAGCACAUCCCAGAAUUGGUCACUGGGAGUUUACAACCCUUCAGCCUACAGUGGGAACUAUAUUUACUUCGAUAGAUAAGGAUCCAUUCACGGUUGCCGACAUACCAGGGAUUAUCAAAGGUGCAUCUCAAAACAAAGGAAUGGGCUUAGAUUUCCUCAGACAUGUCGAGCGUUCUGGAGGUCUUGUUUUCGUUGUAUCUUUACAUAGCACUGAUCCCGUUUCAGAUGUCCAGACAUUAUUACAGGAAGUUGGACCCAAAAGAAUGCAAAAUAAGAGAGUUUUAGUCGUCGCGACUAAAGCUGAUUUGAAUGACACGGGGGCAAACUACUCAAAACUCAAAGAGUUUGCCGACGAUAGAAAUUGGCUAAUUGUACCGGUAUGUGCUCCUCAAGGACACAACAUUGAUCAAUGUAUAAAUCUAAUGAGCUCCAUCGCUGGUAAAUCUGAGCACUGA